UCUGUCUCUUUUCCUCUCUCCUUGUGACUCUGCCAGAUGUGGGCAAAGUGUCGCGUCUGCGGUUUUGGCUCAUGGCCAACGGCGCUGCUGUUGCACAGCCUGGUGGCACUGCUGGUCUGCGGCAGCGCCGGCGCCUUCACAAUACUCUCGCCCUUUAGCUACACCUCGCUGAGCUUCAAGAAUCUGCUAAACAGCGUCCUACUCUCCAGCAAUGCCAAUUUGGCUGGCGGCGGACGCAAUCUCAAGUCCGAUGUGCUGGAAGAUGCCUCGCUGAUAACGCCGAAAUUAAUACGCAAAUACGGUUAUCCAUCGGAGACGCAUACAGUGGUUACCAAGGAUGGAUAUAUACUGGAAAUGCAUCGUAUACCAAAGAAGGGAGCGCAGCCGGUGCUCCUGAUGCACGGCAUACUGGAUACAUCAGCGACCUGGGUGCUGAUGGGGCCCAAGUCGGGCCUGGGCUACAUGCUCUCCGAUCUGGGCUACGAUGUGUGGAUGGGCAAUUCGCGUGGCAAUCGCUACUCGAAGAAUCACACCAGCCUGAACAGCGACUAUCAGGAAUUCUGGGACUUUACGUUCCAUGAGAUGGGCAAAUAUGAUCUGCCCGCAAAUAUUGAUUAUAUACUGAGCAAAACGGGCUACGACCAGCUUCAUUAUAUUGGCCACUCUCAGGGCACGGCCAUAUUUUGGGUGCUCUGCUCCGAGCAGCCCGCCUACUCGCAGAAAAUCACCUCAAUGCACGCACUGGCGCCCAUUGCCUACAUACACGAUAUGAAGAGUCCCCUGUUUCGCACUCUUGUAUUGUUUCUGGAUUUCCUAACGGCCGCAACGCGAAUGCUGCGCAUCACCGAAUUCAUGCCCAACACGAAAUUCCUAGUGGACCACAGUCAGGUUGUGUGCCACGACAAUGCCAUGACGCAGGAUGUCUGCUCGAAUAUCCUGUUUUUGGUCGCUGGCUACAAUUCCGAACAGCUCAACAAGACUAUGCUGCCUGUCAUGCUGAGUCAUACGCCCUCAGGUGCCUCGAUCAAGCAGCUGGAGCACUUUGGCCAGCUGAUGAAAUCGGGGCACUUUCGCAAGUUCGAUCGGGGCUAUUUGAGGAAUCAGUUGGAAUACAAUCGCAUGACGCCGCCAGACUACGAUCUGUCACGUGUAAAAGUGCCAGUGGCCCUGUAUUACUCAGUAAAUGAUCUGCUCGUGUCGACGACAGGCGUGGAUCGACUGGCCAGAGAGUUGCCAAAUGUGAUAGACAAGUAUUUGGUGCCGAUGGAGCGCUUUAACCACUUGGACUUUCUGUGGGCCAUCGAUGUGAAGCCGCUGGUCUACAAUCGUCUGGUGCGAAACAUACGACGCGUGGAGAAUCACAGGGCUAAGCUGACGGCCAAUUUGGCCAGCUUCCUGGCCAUGCAGCUGCAGCGUCAGCAGCUCCAGAAUCAAAUACAAAUGCAGACAACGCUUCAAUCAGCUUUGCCGCCCAAUGUCCACUUGCCCCAUAGACUGGAACAAGAGUUAAGGAUGCCAGCUGCAAGUGCAACAACAACAACAACAGCUGCAACAGUAACAACGACGACGACAGCAACAGAGGAAGUGGCAACCACCACCGAGGAUGUAGUGGAAGCCACAACAACCACACCCGCAUUGGACGCGUGAUUUGUCUGAGCAGCGGGCAAGGUUCUAUCUUGUGUAAUUUCAUUUGACUGUGAUGACAUUUUAACAAUUACUACUUUAAUCCCAGCGUCUGCCUCCGACCUAUCCAUGCGGAGCUGCAGAUGCCACUACAUCAACUCAGGCACGCCCAGCAUCCAACCAGAACAAUAUCAUAUUCACCCGCUCACCACUCAUCCGAUUAUCCAACAGGAACUCUUGAGCCUAAUCAAAAAACUCCAUUUACCAGAUAUCAAUAAGUACUUUCUGUGUUGCUCUCUCUGCAAAU